AUGAUAAAAAAAAGAAAAGCAUCAGCAUUCAAGUCUUUGAAAUGUUUUGAUAAAAGAUUUAAUUCAUUAGAAAUAAAACUUAUAGUUUCAUUUAAUAAUGUUCAAGAUAAUCAAGUAUUGUCUAAAAAUGUUGAUAUUCAACAGGAUGUUUCUCAGGUACAAGAGAUCUCUGAUAAUGAUGACGAUAAUGCAAUGGUGUCUGAAGUUGCCAAUAUUCGACAAGACGAUCAACUUAAAUCAUUAUCAUUACCUACUAAGCCUUUUGCAAAAGAGAACUAUAAUCCUGAUGAUGAUUUAGAAUACGAUUCUAUUUUAUCAUUAAUUACUAAUAAAAAGAUUAAAAAUGAUAAUAAUGAUCUAGAACGAAUUCUUAGAUUAUUACUUUCAAAAGGAAGAAUUGGUGAUCAAAAUGAAGAUACUAUUGAUCAAAUCAAUCAAUUAUUGUCAAAUAUUCAAGAUGAACAACGAAUUAAUCAAUCAUUAAACAUCCAAAAUAAACAACGAACCAAUCAAUCAUUAAACAUCCAAGAUUAA